UUGAAUUCAGAUCGCCUCACUUUUGUCUCUGUUUCCUCACUGAAGGCUUUGGUUGGAAUUGCUUUGCUGCUGUAGCAAGGGGCUGAACAGCGUCCCAGCACCUGCCCCUGGCUGCUGGGAGUAGACCACCCCAUCAAGAGGCUGCUGGGAGGAAGUCAAAGCCCGCUCCUGGGGGAAAAAUGUAUUCAUUAGAACAUGCCAGCAUACUUAUUAUCUUGACUGCUUCAAGUGGUUUAUAACCUUAUCAAGUUUGAGAGCCAAGAUGUACACUAGAACACUGUUUCUUUCGGUAUCUGCUUCUAAGGUCUAAAAUUAAGAAAGUGCACUGACGUCUUAGGACUUUCUGCACAUUCAUAUUAAAUCUUUUUGUGCUCCUGCCCAGAAUGAAUGCUUCAUUCUCUAGGCCAGCUCCGCUGUGCAGCUCCUUGAGGAGAACUAGUUCUAAUGUGGAAGGAAAGUCUGAACCUAUACAGAAAUCCCCUAAAAAAUCAAAAUUACCAGUAGGUCGUCUUGAUGAACCAGAGGAGUCCAAUAGAGAGAGAGAACCACUGGAAAAAUUUCCAGAUGACAUCAAUCCUACUACAAAGGAAAAGGGUGGACCCAAAGGCCCUGAACCUACUCGUUAUGGAGAUUGGGAGAGAAAAGGACGUUGUAUAGAUUUUUAAUGCACAAAUGUAUCUAUAUUGCUAAUAGUAUGUUUGAUACUUGUUUAAAGAAUUUACUGUAGAUAGAGAAAUUUUGCCGAAUUGUUCCUUUUAAUUCUUAAAUGGAGCUUCUUUUUUCCAACAUGUUUUUGAGGAAUAUCCUGAAGGUUGUUUUCUGCAAAUAAACAUUGUUAGUCAGUAUUAACCUUUUUAGUUCCUUUACUUGUAUAUUAAAUUAAUUUGUGUAUUACUCCUGGGGGAAUUCUGAACCAAAAAAAUAAAAAUUCUGCACACAAUA